AUGGAGGCCUCGAUCUCCUCCCUCUGCGGGGCCCUCUCCGACGUGCUCGCCCACGCCGACUCCUCCUCCGCCGCGCUCUCCGACGCCCUCACCCGCCGCCCCAUCCCCCUCGACUCGGCGACGACCGCGUUCCUGCAGGGGCUGGACCGGCGGGUGGAGGCGGCGGGCGCCGACCUGGCGCGCCUCGAGUCCAUGGCCUUCGGCACCGUCUCCGUCGAGGAGCUCCUCGGCCACUGCCAACAGGCGCUCAACAUCGUCUCCCGCCACGCGGACGCCGUCGAGUCCCGACUCGUCUCCUUCGGCUACGUCGCCCCCGAGGUGGAUGCGGAGGAGGAAGAUGGAGACACGGGGGAGCUCGAGGUCCCCGGGAAUGGGCGCCUCGGAGAAUCGAGCUCGGUGCUGAGGUCCGAUCUGGAGCGCUUCGACGACGACGAUGACGCGCUAUUUGAGGAUUCCAUGUCACUAAAGAAUCUUGGGAUUUCUGAUGCCUGUCUGGCUGCUCUGUCCUCUCAAGAUAAUGAUUUUUCGGCAAGUCCAAAGAUGCCUGACAGGAAACCUGAAAGUGAAAGUGUUGAUGCUGGCCAAGAGAUCAUGAAUGAGGCUGAGGAUCCCACACCUCCCCAAGAAGAAACAGAUCGGCAAGAUGGUCAGCAGCAAUAUGAUGCUUUCCAAGGGAUGAUAAGGGCGUCAAAGGAGAAGUACGAGAAACUUCCUCCUUAUAUGAGGACUCUCGCAUCAUGGGAGGAAUUGAGUGAUGCAGUUUCAAAACUAAAUUCAUACUUUGGCGGUGGCAAAGGUCAGGGAAGUGUUGCAUUGAAUCAGGAUGAUGUUGGAUCAAUUGGUUUGGGGCGCAAAGGAAGAUCCUACCUGUUGAUCCUUCUGCGGUUGAAUCAACUAGCUAUGGAGACAGUUGAUGGUUCCAUCUACUACACCCUACGCAAGACCGACUCCUAGGGAUGAUUUUCGGGAAACCUGGGAAAUAGAAGAGGAUAUAGCCGAUACUACUAUACUGUAUUUGUGUUUUUCUUUAUAUAUUAUUAUCUUGUUGUGAUGUAGUUAAUCUGGUGGACAACUUGCUCUUUUCUAAGGCAAUGGCUUGGAUUUGAUUGCUGUAUGUUUGUAGAAUAGUGUGUUGUAAUGUUGUUAAUCUGGCGAAGGAACUUGGGUUUGAUUGACGGUUGAUGUAUAUUCAACCAUGGAGUUGCACAAGUAUUAUUCAGUCUCCUGCUCCUGGGAGAAUGUCAUUA